ACGGCUUGCUUUUCUUUCUUUGUUUGCUGGUUUUUCCCCAAAACAACGAGUAGAUUACAGAUAGAGUUAGUUAGGUCUGCAUUUAAUUAGGGUUUACUUUACGCGUUGUUUUGGUGGACCAUGAUACGAGGCCACUACGAGCUUUUCUCAUUGCGAAUUUCGAUUCAAAUUUUUCACCAUUCCAGUCUUUUCUCACUUCCCAAUCCAAUUGUGUUCCUUAAUUCUAAUUUCUGUUAAUUUUUGUCUUUUUAAAACUAUCCAUUUUGUUUUCUGUAUAAUUGCUGAAUUCUUUGACACCUGGAUGGGGGUAAGUGGAUUUCAUUGUUUGAAAUCGAUUUCUGAUGGAUUUAGCAUGUUGCGAGGAUUUAUAACCCCCACUUUCACUUUGAGAAGAGCAACUUCUUUGAUUUCUUCAUUUGUGGCCAUAGAAAAUGUUGUUAUGUUUCCUAAUUACGGUUAGUAAUUAGUUUUUGUAGUCUUAGUUGAAUGUGAAUUGGGAUUUCAGAACAAAUGCUAGCUGUCGAUUGAUCAUACAUUGGUCCAACCUCGGUUCCAACUACAUGUCGGUAUCUGAUUUUCUUGCUGAUUCUUUUACUGGGAUUUAAUCAGGAUGUGUUUUAGUUGAUCAUGUAUGUGCAUCUGACAAUCAAGUUAAAGUGGGUGUGGAUAAGAUUGAGUUGAAGGCUUUGGAGCAACUUCUACUCUGGUUGAUUCUGUGACUAUUAUUGGAUGUUUCUUUUGACAUUCCUGAGUUGAGAAAUAAUUGUCUUUCGGCGUGCGUACAACCAAAAAUGGAUUUGAGAUUUAAACAGGUCCUGUUAUUUAUGCUAUUUCUUGUGGUUUUGAAUGGUUAUGCCACAGCAGAGUCAGAAACAGAGAGUUUACCAAGGUUAAGAGCUGCUCCAUUCAGGAAUACAGGGGGUAGCGUUAUACAUGGCAUAGGAACAGAGGAUGUCCUUAUAUCUGAUAGUGAUACGAAUGGACUGGAUGAAAGGAAGGUUGGAAGUGGCAGAGUCUCAGUGUCCGCAGUUGCAUUUCUCACGCUGGCAAUGGCUGCUGCUACAAAUUUAGGUGCAAUACCAUUCUUCUUUGUGGAACUUGAUCCCCAGUGGGCGGGAAUAUGCAAUGGGAUGGCUGCUGGGGUGAUGUUGGCAGCAAGCUUUGACUUCAUACAGGAAGGACAAGAGCAUGGUAGUGGAAAUUGGGUUGUGUUUGGAAUUUUGACAGGUGGAAUUUUCAUUUGGCUUUGUAAGAAGGUGAUGACUCUCCAUCUUUCAUCUUUUGAAAAAUGGGAAUUUUUGCUUUCUGUAAUAUUACCAAGUUUUAUUUCUAUUACUAUUGUCAUUGCUAUUGCUGAUCGACCAUAAGCAAUCCUAACUCAUGUUAUUAAUU